GGAAGGCCAUCAAAGAUCACAGAUCUUUAGAUCGGAUAUCCUAGAUCCCACGCUACCGCCUAGUUACACUGGCCCUUGCGUUUCGUGGUCCAGAUCCCUGACAUACCGCAAUAUGACUUGGAUCAUAUUAGCAUGAGUGAAGCUGGAAGCACUUUCCUGAUCGAUAUACCGUCAUCCAUCCAACAUGGCCAGUGUUCAUCAUUUUCACCGAGAAGCCGUCCUCCUCUCCAAAGCCCAUAUCCCAACACUGAGCCCAAAGGAUCUAAACGCGUCGCUGCUUUGAACGCAGUACCUGUUCACGAGCAAAAGUACCAUGCCUCAAUCCAAGAACAGAUAUCUUCCGCUCUAAAUGAGAUUGAUGAACACGUCUCGAACGAUGGUCUAUCUUGGUACCGACACCGAGGGUCCAUGUCAACUCCGCCAGACCGGGAAUAUCCCGGGCAAGCCACCUUGUCCUUAGCAGAACCUACCUGUUUGAUAGCGGUGAGCACAGACCCUAUAGUUCCUAUCAUUUUGUCGAGCACGGAACAGCGCAGCAAGUUUGCUUCCCUCGACGCGUUGCGCCGUGUGGUUGUCCACAAUCCUGGCGAUGACGCUUCGGUUGUGGAAACAAUAGACAACGGAGACUAUCUCAUCCCGCCUCGAUCUACAUUCAUCUAUUCAACCUUGCAGCUGGGACAGCAGGCCUGGUCGGAUUGGCAGCAUCUGGCGUCCUCGAAUUAUAGGUUCGAUCUGAUUCUCAUGGAUCCGCCGUGGACUAAUAGAUCGGUCCGGCAUGCUGGCCACUAUAGAACUGCUGAAGACCAGAGUAGUGAUCCAUUUGAACAGGCCAUCCAAAUCGUAGAGACCAGUCUCUCCCCGCAAGGACUCGUCGCCAUCUGGAUCACGAACAAAGCCUCCAUCCGCGCUAAUGUGGUCCAGACCUUCGGGUCGAUGGGGUUUUAUCUGGUGGAGGAAUGGAUAUGGAUCAAAGUCACGACACAUGGUCAGCCCGUCACCCCCUUGGACGGACUAUGGAGAAGACCGUAUGAGAUCCUCUUGUUGUUUCAAAAGCGGCAGGCGGGUGUGGACGUGAAGACUCGUCGUCGCAUUAUUGCUGCGGUCCCUGAUCUCCAUUCGAGGAAACCUUGUCUGAAAGUGUUGCUUGAAGAACUUUUACCCCGACAACCACAGGUUCUUGAACUGUUUGCCAGGAAUUUAACGGCUGGUUGGUAUUCAUGGGGCGAUGAAGUCCUCAAAUUCCAGCAUGAGAUGCAUUGGAUCAGAUCAGAGGAGUGUAAAACAUGA